AACCUUUGUUUCAUAACCAGGUACUUUACUAAGUUAAGUUUAAUUAAUACACGAUGGGCGAACUGAGUGAAGCUUUGCAGUUCACGUUUGGCUUGAUCAACUCCAGCAACAAAUAUUUGACCGCUGAAACAUUUGGCUUCAAGAUCGCAGCUAGUGGCGCUAGUUUAAAGAAAAAACAAACAUGGAGCUUGGAGCAAGAACCUAACGGCGGAAAUGACGUAUAUUUCAAGAGUUUCCUCGGUCGUUACCUGGGAGCCGACAAGAACGGCAAGGUUAGUUGUGACACCGAGACGCCUUCGGAAGAAAAUAAGUUCCAGGUCGAAGCUACAACUGAUGGUCGGUGGGCGAUCAAGAGCUCAAAGUAUGAACGGUAUUUUGGUGGAAGCGGAGACAACCUGUCAUGUUUCGAACAAACAAUUUCAAACACGUAUUUGUGGGUGAUCCAUCUCGCAAUGCAUCCACAGGUGAACAUUUGCAACAUUCGACGUAAAUGUUACGCCCAUCUCUCACCAAACGGUGAAGAAGUCCAUAUGACUAAAAGAACACCGUGGGGGGAGGACACACUUAUUACACUACUGUUCAAGGACAAGGGAUAUGCCCUUGUAACAUCUAACAGCAAAUACCUUGGGUACGAUGGAACAUUACAUGCGGAACCUAAGGGUCAGGAGUGUUUGUUCACAAUCGAGUUUUACUCGGGGAAGAUUGCGUUUAAAAGCAAGCAUGACGGGAGAUAUUUGUCACCAGUUGGACCCAAAGGGCAACUACAAGGACGUAAAGACAAGCCUGGAAAAGAUGAAGAAUUUGCGUUGAUUGAUUCUCAUCCACAGAUUACACUCUUCUCUAAAACUAAAGGAAAAUAUGUUUCUGGAAAACAAGGUCUCCAGCUCUCAGCCAAUCAAAUUGAUGCUGAGGAAAGUGAGACGUUUCAGAUGGAAAUUGACCCGGCAACUGAGAAAGUAUUUUUCCGCAACGAUAAAGAGAAGUAUUGGAGAUUGGAUGGACAAAGUAUCCUGGCUGAUGCCGCAGAUACUAAUAAUGCGAACACCCACUUUGUGGUCGAAUGGCAUGGUAGAUUUAUUCGCUUGGUGGCUUCCAAUGGUAACUACGUGAGCAUCAAACCAUCAGGUCAUCUAUUCGCUCCAAGCAAAGAUGCAGAAGAUUUUACUUUCAGAUUAACGAACAGAGCCAUCAUUGUGUUCCGUGGUGAGCACGGUUUUGUCGGAUGUAAAGGGGAUAAGUUGGAGGGAAAUCGGGCAACUUACGAUAUUUUCCAAAUGGAGGAAAACGACGGAGCUUAUGGGAUUAAAGCUCCCAAUGGAAAGUAUUGGGCCGUUGAUGGAGAUAAGAAAGUUGCAGCAACUGGAUCUCAAGCCCAACCUUUCCUAAUUCAGCUCACAAAGAAUAGCAAGUUGGCAUUGAAACCUGAGAACGGAGAUGUUUACGUCACAAGCGACCAUGUUGGUAUUAUGACAGCAAGCGGAAGUGGGAUUGACAAGAAGACAUUGUUUGAAUAUUAGAUAUUCUAGAAUAUAAAUACAAUGCUUCAAAUAAUUGAACACAUUGUUUAACAGUAAUCUGUGACAUCACAAUUAAGUGUCUUCUGUUUAGAUUUUACAGAAAUUAUUAAAUUCUUCAACAAAUAAUAUUUUCAAGUAAAUAUGCAAAGCUGAUAUCAUUCAGUAUUCACUUUUAUUUAAUUCAAUAUUACACUACACAACAGAUACACUUGGUCACUGUAAAUUUAAAACAGCCGUUUAUAUCCCAAGCUACAACAUCUUGCACUCUCUGCUUUGUCUACCAGGCAUAAUAUAAUUUUGAAACUGAACUUCUGGUACAAAAACAAUAACAUAAGAAUAAUUAUAACCAACGUUUUAUUUCGACUAAUGUUUAACUUGUCAUGCAGCGAGACUUUUUCAUCUUGUUUAUUUUCUACCAGAAGAAAAGUCUCAAAAUUAGAUCUUGCACUGUGUGAAAUUAUGUGUCUCGUAUAUCCUGUAUAAAGAUUAUCCAUAAGUGAGUUGUCCAUCACUAACGGGGCAGCAACAGUUGCCAUUACAGAAGUAUUCAAAUUCACCGAAUGUGCGCAAUAUAUACGCUGCGUUUACUUUAUGAAAAAGCCAUAUAAUCUUGCAGAAAUACUUUUAUAUUCCAAAUACACAGAAUGUUUAUUACACUCAAUGCUUCCCAGCAUUUUAAACACGUUUUGUAUCAGGUAAAUUACAAUUUAUUCCUUGCUUCAGUAUCUUGUCCAUAUUUUACCGUCAUUACUUGGCUUAUAUUAAUAUUUGCAUCCCUUUUGCAACCCUUGUACUUACUUAUAAUAAGCAGCUUUGUACCCAAUGUUGUAUUAUCGCAAAGGGGACAUUAUUAUUGCAAAAUAAAUUUGUCAAUUUAAGAAAAAAA